AUGACAGGCAGCAGAAAUGAGAAAAAUCAGCUCAAAAUAUUCCUUAAACUGAAGCAGCCUAUUCUGCCACUGCUGUUCGUGCUGGGGCUGGUCACCAGCCGGUGCCGGGGCCCCCCCGGCAGCCUCGGGGAGCCCAGGGCCGCGUCCGGCUCCUGCGGCCAAGCCCGCGCCCAGACGGGGCGGGAACGCUGGGCCCACCCCUGCUUGGCCGGUGACGCGCCCCGCCCCGCGCCCCCGCCCGCCCCCGCCGCGCGUCACCGGCGCCGCUCGGAGCCGCAUGAACGCGCGCCCGGGCCCGGCAGCGCCGCGGGGAUGGAUCGCGGCUGGGAGGCGGGCGGAGGGUGGGGGACCCCGGGUGGUCGCCGCCGGCUGGUGCGCUGGCCCCCCGACGGCUGCCGCGGCGUGUCCGGCUUCCCCGGCGGCUUGGGGCUGCUGCGCCCCGGGGCCCGGGCGUCCCGCGGCGCCGCGUCACGUGCCUCCCCGCUGCUCCUCCUCCUGCUGGUGCCGUCCCCGCGCCUGGCCACCGCCGCCCCGCGCCGCCAGCUCGGGGACUGGGAGUGUCUGCGCCCCGCGCCCACCGCGGCCGCCCGGUGCCACGCGUGCCACGGCCCGACGGCCGCGCUCGCGCGCUCCAGGAGAGAUCUAAGCCUCUCCACCGGGUGCCCGCAGCUGGAGCGCAAAAACAGAGACUUCACCUCUUCCGGGAACAGAAAACUCUACUUUGACACCCACGCCUUAGUGUGUGUGCUGGAGGAAAAUGGGUUUACUACUCAACAAGCAGAAAUCAUUGUAUCGGCAUUGGUCAAGAUCCUGGACACCAACCUGGAUAUUGUCUACAAGGACAUGGUCACUAAGAUGCAGCAGGAGAUCACUCUUCAGCAAAUCAUGUCUCAGAUCUCUAACGUGAAAAAGGAUAUGAUUAUUUUGGAGAAGAGUGAAUUUUCAGCCCUCCGAGCAGAAAACGAGAAAAUGAAACUGGAGCUACAUCAGUUAAGACAACAAGUCAUGGAUGAAGUGAUCAAAGUCCGGACAGAUACCAAAUUAGACUUCAAUCUAGAAAAGAGCAGAGUCAAAGAAUUGUAUUCGUUGAAUGAAAGGAAGCUACUUGAAAUGAGGACGGAAAUGGUGGCCCUGCACGCACAGCAAGACCGGGCCGUCACCCAGACCGACAGGAAGAUUGACACGGAAGUUGCCGGCCUGAAAACCAUGCUGGAGUCACACAAGCUGGAUAACAUUAAAUAUCUCGCUGGGUCUGUAUUUACGUGCCUGACGGUUGCACUGGGAUUCUACCGCCUCUGGAUCUAGUGACGUGUCUACUGAAAGAAAUCUCUGCUUUGGCCUUACGAUGCCAGAUUGGUUUCCUUGCCCCUCUCUCCGCCAUUCAGAUUCGAACCCUGAUGUUGAUUGAAUGCAGAUUAUUUAUUUUAUGUAAAUACGGACAUAAACUCAGGACGAGCAACCAGAAGUCCCCCGCCCUCUUCCCUGCGUGCUCCUCUGCUCUCUGCUGUGGCCUGGACACACAGCCCCGCAGUGACUGUUUGCGAGUCUCUAGCCACAAACCCUUUGUCGUGUCAGGGAUUCAGAGUUCUCUGUCCCACAGGCUCUGUGGCUGUUCUGAGGGCUGAUGGGUCACUGAGCCUGGACGGGAGCCCCUCCCCAAACUGUGUCCUCACCCGCUCCCUGGCUCCCUUCUCGCUCCCAUGCUGAGGAGUCUUCCGGCUGGGGAGCACUCCUCUGCCGAAGACACGCUGUACUCUCCACCCAGAGCUUUCUCUUCGCACCUCCGGGGACUCAAGUUAUUGUUCUAUGUGCCUCUAUGUCCAUGACCCUCUCACAUUUCUACGUGCCUUCCAGCCAGGCAAGCUCAUUCCCCAGUGAAGUGUAUGUGUGCUGCCUCUCUCCCUCUCUCUGUCUCUUUCUCCCACUCCCUCCCUCCUUCCCUCCCUCCCUCCCUCCCUCCCUGUCUCC